UCCUCCCCAUACCUGAACGGGGAGCGGCGGAGCUCGGCGACCUCCUCCUCCUCCUCCUUCUUCUCCUCCUCCUUCCCCUCGCCCCCUCCUUCUCUGUCUCCGCUGCUGCUGCUCCUCCCAGCCUUAGUCCCAACUCCAGCCGGGCUGCCGCCCGAGUAAAGGUCGCUCAAGAGGAGAGAGGAGCUAGGAAGCGGAGCCUCGAGUGAACAGGGAGGGCAAAGUGGGGAAGAUUUAAAAAAAAAAAAAAGGAAGGAAGGAAAAACUCUGCAAGCGCAGGAAGAUGGCGCCAGGCGGGCAGCUGCUGGUGUGAGAGUCACUGGGGCAGCGAGCCGCACCGGGAGCCGGGGAUUGCCCUGGAGAGGGGCCGGAUCGCUGGAGCUAGGGCUGAGCUUCCAGACGCGCCUCCGGGCUUGUCUGCUGCGCCAGCCGAGUCAUGUCAGUCACCGAGCUCUACAGCCAGUUCACAAGGGUUUGGAUCCCUGACCCUGAUGAAGUGUGGCGAUCAGCAGAGAUAGUCAAGGACUAUAAGGAGGGUGAGAAGAUUCUCCAUCUUAAACUUGAAGAUGAAACUAUCCAAGAAUACCCGGUUGAUCUCAGUACCAACCAGCUACCCUUCUUACGAAACCCUGAUAUCCUGGUGGGAGAAAAUGACCUAACAGCCCUUAGUUAUCUUCAUGAGCCUGCAGUUUUGCAUAAUUUAAAAGUUCGUUUCUUGGAGUCGAACAAUAUCUACACCUACUGUGGUAUUGUGCUUGUUGCCAUCAACCCCUAUGAGCAGUUGCCAAUCUAUGGACAAGAUGUCAUCUAUGCUUACAGUGGCCAAAACAUGGGAGACAUAGACCCCCACAUCUUUGCAGUGGCAGAAGAGGCCUACAAGCAGAUGGCCAGAGAUGAAAAGAACCAGUCCAUCAUAGUAAGUGGGGAGUCCGGAGCUGGAAAGACGGUGUCAGCUAAAUAUGCCAUGCGAUAUUUUGCCACAGUUGGAGGCUCUGCCAGUGAAACCAACAUUGAAGAAAAAGUCCUUGCUUCCAGCCCCAUCAUGGAGGCUAUUGGAAAUGCUAAAACCACUAGAAAUGACAAUAGUAGUCGCUUUGGAAAGUACAUCCAGAUUGGAUUCGAUAAGAGACACCACAUCAUUGGAGCCAACAUGAGGACCUACCUAUUGGAAAAGUCCAGAGUUGUCUUUCAGGCAGAUGAAGAAAGGAAUUACCAUAUCUUCUAUCAGCUCUGUGCAGCAGCCAGCCUUCCAGAGUUUAAAGAGUUUGCCCUCACAUGUGCCGAGGACUUUUUCUAUGUCUCCCAGGGAAGAGACACAUCUAUUGAAGGUGUGGAUGAUGCAGACGACUUUGAGAAAACCAGACAGGCCUUCACUCUUCUUGGAGUCAGAGAGUCCCAUCAGAUAAGUAUUUUUAAGAUAAUUGCUUCUAUCCUGCACCUUGGAAAUGUGGAAAUUCAGGCUGAACGUGAUGGAGAUUCCUGUAGCAUAUCACCCGAGGAUGAACACCUCAGAAAUUUUUGUCUAUUGCUAGGCAUCGAGCACAGUCAGAUGCAGCACUGGCUGUGCCGCCGAAAACUGGUCACCACCUCUGAGACCUACAUCAAGACCAUGUCCCUGCAGCAGGUUGUCAAUGCCAGGAAUGCCCUGGCUAAACACAUCUAUGCCCAGCUGUUCAACUGGAUUGUGGGGCACGUGAACAAGGCUCUACACACCAGCCUCAAGCAGCACUCCUUCAUCGGUGUCCUUGACAUCUAUGGAUUUGAAACAUUUGAGGUGAAUAGCUUUGAACAGUUUUGUAUCAACUAUGCAAAUGAAAAACUCCAGCAGCAAUUCAAUUGGCAUGUCUUCAAACUGGAACAAGAAGAAUAUAUGAAGGAACAAAUCCCAUGGACCCUGAUUGAUUUUUAUGAUAACCAGCCUUGCAUCGACCUAAUAGAAGCUAAAUUGGGCAUCUUGGACCUGUUGGAUGAAGAAUGCAAGGUUCCCAAAGGCACUGACCAGAAUUGGGCUCAAAAAUUGUAUGACAGGCAUUCUAGCAGCCAGCACUUCCAGAAACCCAGAAUUUCCAAUACCUCCUUCAUUGUCCUUCAUUUUGCAGAUAAGGUGGAGUACCACUCAGAUGGAUUUCUGGAGAAAAAUAGAGACACCGUGUAUGAAGAACAAAUCAACAUCCUGAAGGCCAGCAAGUUUCCACUGGUAGCUGAGUUAUUCCAAGAGGAUAAAGACACAGUACCUGCUACUUCGAAGGGGGCAUCUUCAAAAAUCAAUGUCCGCUCUGCUAGGCCUCCCAUGAAAGCUACCAACAAGGAGCACAAGAAAACUGUGGGCCAUCAGUUCCGCACGUCUCUAAACCUGCUCAUGGAGACACUGAAUGCCACAACGCCCCACUACGUCCGCUGCAUCAAGCCAAAUGAUGAGAAGCUUCCUUUCCACUUUGAUCCAAAAAGAGCAGUCCAGCAGCUCCGAGCCUGUGGGGUACUGGAGACCAUCCGUAUCAGUGCAGCUGGUUAUCCAUCCAGGUGGACCUACCAUGACUUCUUCAACAGAUACAGAGUGCUCAUUAAAAAGAGGGAGGUCAACACUGACAAAAAGAUCAUCUGCAAAAAUGUCCUGGAGGACCUCAUCAGGUGAGCUUAGGAACACAUUGACCCUGAUGCAUUCCAGUUUGGCCGCACCAAAAUCUUUUUCCGGGCAGGCCAGGUAGCAUAUCUGGAGAAACUACGGGCUGACAAAGUCCGGGCGGCCACCAUUAUGAUCCAAAAGACUGUGCGGGGCUGGCUACAGAAAGUGAAGUAUCGCAGGUUGCGAGGGGCCACCCUUACUCUACAGAGGUUCACCCGGGGCCACCUUGCACGCAGAUUGGCUGAGCACCUUCGGAAAACCAAAGCAGCCCUUGUCAUCCAGAAACAGUAUCGGAUGCUGAGAGUCCAGCAGGGCUAUAGAAGGAUCUAUAGGGCUACUGUCACUAUCCAGGCCUUUACCCGAGGCAUGUUUGUACGGAGAGCCUACCGCCAGCUCCUAUUGGAGCACAAGGCCACCAGCAUCCAGAAACAUGCCCGAGGUUGGAUGGCCAGGAGGAGAUUUUUGCAGUUCCGGAGGGCGGCCAUCGUCAUCCAGUGUGCCUUCAGGAGCCUGAAGGCCAGGCGGGAGUUGAAGGCUCUCAAGAUCGAAGCCCGCUCUGCUGAGCACCUGAAGCGGUUGAAUGUGGGCAUGGAGAACAAAGUCGUUCAGCUGCAGAGGAAAAUCGAUGAUCAGAACAAAGAAUUCAAGAGCCUGACGGAGCAGCUCUCCACAGUGACCUCUGCCCACAACAUGGAGGUGCAGAAGCUGAAGAAGGAGCUGAUCAAAUACCAGCAGAGCCAGGGUGGGGAAGACAGCCAGCGGCUGAGCCUCCAGGAGGAGAUUGAGAGCCUGCGGGCAGAGUUACAGAAAGCCCACUCAGAGAGGAAGAUCCUCGAAGACAUCCACAGCCAGGAGAAAGACGAGCUGACGAAGCGAGUUUUGGACCUGGAGCAAGAGAACGCGCUUUUGAAAGAUGAAAAAGAAAUACUUAACAACCAAAUCUUGUGCCAAUCUAAAGAUGAAUUUGCCCAAAAUUCAGUAAAGGAGAAUCUCCUAAUGAAGAAGGAGCUGGAGGAGGAACGGUCACGGUACCAAAACCUUGUGAAGGAGUAUUCCCGUUUGGAGCAAAGCUAUGACAACCUUCGGGAUGAGAUGACCAUCAUAAAGCAAACCCCGGGUCAUAGGCGAAAUCCUUCAAACCAGAGUAGUUUAGAAUCUGACUCAAAUUACCCAUCAGUCUCCACAUCUGAGAUCGGAGAUACAGAAGAUGCAAUCCAGCAGGUGGAGGAAAUGGGCCUGGAGAAAGCAGCUAUGGAUAUGACUGUCUUCUUGAAGCUGCAGAAGAGAGUUCGGGAGCUGGAGCAGGAAAGGAAGAAAUUGCAAACUCAGCUAGAAAAGGAGCAACAAGAAAACAAGAAAGUCCAGGUGGUUGAAACAAAGAAUGGAAUAGAUGCAGACCAAGAUGCAGAUCUGGCCUACAACAGCUUGAAGAGACAAGAGCUGGAGUCCGAGAACAAGAAGCUGAAAAACGAGCUGAACGAGCUGAGAAAGGCUGUGGCCGACCAGGCCAUACAGAACAACUCCAGCCAUGAGGUCCAGGACAGCUACAACCUUCUGCUGAACCAGCUCAAGUCAGCCAAUGAGGAGCUGGAGGUCCGCAAGGAGGAGGUGCUCAUCCUCAGGACCCAAAUCGUGAGCGCUGACCAGCGGAAGCAUGCUGGCCGGAGCAUGGAGCCCAACAUUAAUGCCCGGACCAGUUGGCCCAACAGUGAAAAGCAUGUGGACCAGGAAGAUGCCAUUGAAGCCUAUCAUGGGGUCUGCCAGACAAAUAGCAAGACUGAGGAUUGGGGAUAUUUGAAUGAAGAUGGAGAACUCGGCUUGGCCUACCAAGGCCUAAAGCAAGUUGCCAGGUUGCUGGAAGCCCAGCUGCAGGCCCAGAGCCGAGAGCAUGAGGAAGAGAAGGAGUCUUUGAGAAGCCAGAUUGAAAACUUGAAGGAAGAGAUGGACAAGCAGCAGCAGAGCUUCUGCCAGACGCUCUUGCUGUCUCCUGAGGCCAAGGUGGAGUUCGGAGUCCAACAAGAGAUAUCUCGGCUAACCAAUGAAAACUUGGACCUCAAAGAAUUGGUAGAAAAACUGGAAAAGAAUGAGAAGAAACUGAAAAAGCAAUUGAAGAUAUAUAUGAAGAAAGUCCAGGAUCUAGAAGCUGCCCAGGCAUUAGCCCAGAGUGAGAGAAAACGGCAUGAGCUUACCAGACAGGUCACGGUCCAAAGGAAGGAGAAAGAUUUCCAGGGGAUGUUAGAGUACUACAAAGAAGAUGAGCCCCUUCUCAUUCGGAACCUGGUGACAGAUCUGAAACCUCAGACUCUGUCUGGCACGGUUCCGUGUCUUCCUGCUUACAUCCUCUACAUGUGUAUCAGACAUGCAGAUUAUGUCAACGAUGACCUCAAAGUGCACUCCCUGCUCACCUCAACCAUCAAUGGCAUCAAGAAAGUACUAAAGAAGCACAAUGAUGACUUCGAGAUGACAUGCUUUUGGUUAUCCAAUACAUGCCGCCUUCUUCAUUGCUUGAAGCAGUACAGUGGGGAUGAGGGCUUCAUGACUCAGAACACCCCCAAACAGAAUGAACAUUGUCUUAAGAAUUUUGACCUCACUGAAUACCGCCAAGUCCUAAGUGAUCUCUCCAUCCAGAUUUACCAGCAGCUCAUUAAGAUUGCAGAGGGCAUGUUGCAACCCAUGAUAGUGUCUGCCAUGUUGGAAAAUGAAAGCAUUCAGGGUUUGUCUGGAGUGAAGCCAACAGGCUACAGGAAGCGGUCUUCCAGCAUGGUGGAUGGGGACAAUUCCUAUAGCCUGGAUGCCAUCAUACGCCAGAUGAAUUCCUUUCACAGUGUGAUGUGUGACCAGGGCCUGGAUCCCGAAAUCAUCCAGCAGGUGUUUAAGCAACUCUUCUAUAUGAUCAAUGCUGUAGCCCUCAACAACCUCCUCCUGAGGAAGGAUGUCUGUUCUUGGAGCACAGGCAUGCAACUUCGGUAUAAUAUAAGCCAGCUUGAGGAGUGGCUUCGAGGGAAGAAUCUGCACCAGAGCGGAGCUGCAGAGACGAUGGAGCCUUUGAUCCACGCGGCGCAGCUCCUGCAGUUAAAGAAGAAAACUCCUGAGGAUGCUGAGGCCAUCUGUACCUUAUGCACCUCCCUCAGUACCCAGCAGAUUGUCAAAAUCCUCAAUCUCUACACUCCCUUGAAUGAAUUUGAGGAACGGGUAACAGUAGCCUUCAUACGAACAAUUCAGGCACAACUACAAGAUCGAAAUGACCCUCAGCAGCUGCUAUUAGACUUCAAGCACAUGUUUCCAGUCCUGUUUCCAUUUAACCCAUCCUCCCUGACCAUGGACUCCAUUCACAUCCCUGCAGCUCUCAACCUGGAGUUCCUCAAUGAAGUAUGAACACAAAUGUUCACCAUCUUGGCUCCAGUCCCAGUGAGUUCAAGCAAAAAGAAAACAAUGACAUAAAUUGAAGGACCUAUUCAGUGUGGUAAAAGUGGACCAAGCCAGAGCCUAAGAACCUGUGCAAAGUGCUGAACUGUCCAGUAUUGGGCACAUAUCUUCAAUGUGAUUAUUUUUUUCUUUCGUAUUCUACAGCUCAAAAUAAGAAUACUUGAAAUACAGGUUGUUGGGUUUGUUUGUUUUUAAUAGUUUGGUUUCAGACUAAACAAGUGCACAGUCCAUAGCAGUUUAAACAGUGACUUUACCAGUGCCAUAAUCAGUGUACUCAUCUUGUCAAGCAGACAUUGGUCAACUUUCUGAUCUUCAUUCCAUGACUAUUUAAUGCUUAAAAAUGGAACAUUUAAACUGCCUUCAGGGAGCUUCUAACAAAUGCUGAUACUGAUCAUCAUGAGGUUGGCACAUGCUCCCCUUUCCACUGUUGUAGGAAGCAGGGGAAAUGAUGUUGUGGGUUUCUGGUGGGUUGUCUGGGGACAGGGAUGAGUUUGCCCAUCUUUCCCAAUACAGAGGCAGUGCCAGUAAUGUUGGCCUCUUCAUCCUUUCCCCAACGCUUAGUAGUAUUUUGAACUUUGCUUUUUUUGGAGCAAAAAUGUCACAGCAGUACAAUCCUCUUUAUGACCAAAGACUGCUUCUUGGUUUUGGUAUUUGUCCAUGCCCUUAGAUAAUGACUGGCAAAUUAAUUAACUAUAAGAAGAGAUAUUCUCAUGUUCAAAACUUGUUCACAGUGAAUUCAUCCAGACUUUUAUGUACAUAAUUCCCCCCAAGUUGAGUUCUAAUUACUAUUGUCAUUUAUGAAAGAAAAAGUCAAUUGUAAGUCUAGUAAUUCCAAAAUGUCAUUUAUCUAUCUUUUAACAUGACAGGAGAGCUCACAAAUAGUACUUCAUUGUCAUUUCAGCAGCCCCAUGGCAGUUAAAUUCCUUCUGAAAAGGAGAUUUAUAAGAAUGGUUGAAAAUAUAUGAAAAUAAUGGUUUUUAACUUAGUCUGCUGCUGCAUUUUUUAAAAAUCACUAAACACCCAGUAAAAUAUCUGAUGUUGUUCUUCCAUUUCCAUUUGUAUUCAACAUUUUUCAAAGUUACUGUGUUAAGAGGCAUUUGAAAUCCCUCUGCUAGAAAAUAGGGGGAUGGAAUUCCCAGCACUUAAUGCUUACCCAAAUUUUGUCACUCUACAAGGAAGUUUUUUCUAACACUACAAAUGGACAUUUUUUUUUUCCAGAAGAAAACAUCUCCUUUGGAAAUUCUACAUGACCUCUUAUACUAUGUACCCUUGCUUCAUCAUAUAUAUUCCUUCUUUAAUAAAAGCAAAAGUCCAUUAAUAGAUGGUGAUAGUAUGAAGAAAGAUGUUGCCAAUGGAGGAAAUCAUAGUUUGCUAACCACAGCGAAGUCGUCCCUCUUCCUUAUUCUUAACAGGGAAGUUCAUUAUUUUACAAAUUACCAGUUGGAUGACCCCCAUUUUUCUUAACUCCACUUUUCCUCAAGAGCCCACAACAAAAGUCCCACAGGAUGUGGAAACAGAUGCUUACCUUUUUCCUUACCAGCUCUCCCUAGCAAACACUUUCUUCUGCCUGGCCUCCACCUCUUUAUAGUCCUCCUUUCUCUAACAUCAUCUUCAUCCAGGUGGUCUCAGAAUAGCAGAACAGAGGGCAGCGAGGUGGCACAGUGGAUAAAGCACCAGUCCUGGAUUCAGGAGGACCUGAGUCCAAAUUCGGCCUCAGACACUUGACACUUACUAGCUGUGUGACCCUGGGCAAGUCACUUAACUCUCAUUGCCCUGAAAAAAAAAAAAAAAACAGCAGAACACUCCACCCUUCUUAUGAUGACAAUCAUAUCAAACCUAAUCCUUUAUUGACAUGGCCACCUCUACUUCCACAACAAACACUGUUACUUGUUUGGGUAUCUCUGCUGAGUUAAAGCUGUUUCUGAUUCAUUCAUAAGUACAUAUCACUGAUAAUAUCUAUGGCAUCACCAACCAGUUUCAUUUGCAGUGUUAGCCUGAAAGUGGCACUUUUGUGGCUACUUCCUUAAUAACUGUAAAGUGAUUUUGUGGCACUUUAGUUUAAAAUUAUUCCUAUUUUCAAAGGCAGCCUUUAUCCUUCAAGAGAAGAGAACGCAGCUUGUCAGAGACUCAAGAGUUUAAAGAUACCUUAGAUAUCAUCUGGUUCAACCUUCUACUCAGUGCAGGACACUUCCCUAAACACUCAACACAUUGACUUGGUCUAGCCCCUAAUGGCAAGCAUUGGCUUUUAACCUCCCCAUACCCAGUAUAUGUUCUCAUGCAUGGGCGGUUUUCAUAUUUGGCGGGCCUUGGAGACCCAUGCAAAAAACCCUCUGAGCCUGGGCCCCACUUGAUCUAUCUGUGCUUCGGAGCUUUGCCAACUCAAAGGCACAAGUGGCAUCCCAUAAGUUUUCCGUGCUUCCCUUAAGCCUCUGUCCACUCACGAGAGAGAAAAAAAUUUUAGUUUUCUAAAGAAAAAGGUGUCUAUAAAGGCAACUACUGCCAACUCUCCUUGACUAUCUUAUAUCAUCAUUUUCCUCAGACUGUUUAGGUGCCCAUCUUUCAAGAGUCCUUAGUUAAUCCCAGGAGCAACCAAGGAUCUAUGAUAUGUAAUGCUUAGCCAUUAGAAUAAAAUGGAAAUAGUCUAUUGAAGGCGUUUUUUUUUCUUGCAUAGCUAUUCAUUCUAAUUAAUCACAAAUUUCAUUCUUGUUUUUUCCCUAAGGGAUAAUGGUGUUUUUCUGGAACUAUAAAUAAUUUAAUUUAUGUGUAUUAUAUUUUUAAAACAUAAGAUUUUUAUAGAACAUUAGUAUAGAAAUAUAUAGAAAUUGGUUAUUUAAUGUUUAGAUCUGUAAUAUUUAACUUACCACUCGGCCUGUGCUUAGAAGGAAAUCCUUUCGUAUAUUUAAUGUAAAAGUCUUUUGUUAACUAUUUUUACUCCCUACAUUUAAAAAGCACAUUUAAUAGAGCUUUAUUCACUCAAACACCCCUAAUUCCGUGGAACUCUGAUUGACCUUUUGAUUUAAGAACACAGUUCAUAUGAUGACAAGGGUGAGAUCUAUAUUUGUUAAUGUCUUAAAUGAGCACUUUUCCCACUCUGUGCCUUCAGCUGUUAAAGGUAACUGAUUUCUCAAUUGCUAUUUUCCUGGAAUAAGCAUUGCUGUUGGAAGAAUUUUAAUGUUCUAACUUACAAUUGUCAUGGAUUUGUAAUUUGAUUUAUCCGAUGAGUCAUUUUGAAAUGUUUUAAAGAUCACAGGAAAAAAAAAAUUACAGAUCACAUCACUUUUAGGUUGAUGGACUUUUUAAGUAUUAUGCGAGAAAUAUCCAAUUAUAUUCAAUUACAUGUGUAUAUAUAGCGAAUCCUUAACCAAUCCUAGCUGACACUGUUAAGACAUCUUUUUUCUGGCUUGUGCAUUCUAUUUGAGCUGCUGUAGUUGUUUGAAACAACUAGGGUGUUGCAAUACAUAAUGUACAUAGGAUCUGCCCACCCCCACCCCCCUUUCCUUGGGGCUUGUCAAUAAUGAUGCUUCCUUUGAAGUUUCUAAUGCUGAGUUAUUUGUAAAGCACUUAGAAGUUUGGAAAAAAGCUAGGGAAAAACAAUCAACUGCCACAACCAGGUCAAUCAGCACAUAUCACUUGUCUGAAUUAGCCCCUUUGUUUUUACUUUGUACUUUCUUUUUCAUUUAAUAUUAAACACUACAACACAUUUUCCCUAAUUUCCCAGAUACUACUGCAACAAGGGUAUCAGAACUGAAUAACUACAUAAUGCCCAUACUAUUAAACAGCUACUAAAAUGUGAAACACAGGGUAGGAUCCUCUCGUGAUUCAUAGAAACCUUUCUCCACCCCAGGUGGGACCAAACUAAACCAGAUGUUGUUGCACGUACAGCCAGAUAUUCAUGGUUCACUUCUCUGCCGCCCCGAUGCCAUAAUUGGGUUGGGGAGGAGAAAUAGACUAGAGGUUUUUUUACAAUACUAAGAAUAAUAAGAUAAAAUUGUUUUGGUUUCUUUUAAAGGUCAUUGGAUGAAAAACUUUUUUCCUACAUUAUAUAAACUUUAAUACUUUUAAACGGGAUAAAUCUGAAAUAAAAUUAAACAUUUUCUCUAAGUGCAUAUCGAACCUGGCCAGAGUUGAAUGAAACAUUUUUGCCUCCAAAUGAUGUUUAGAAGGAGCAGCCUCUCUCUGGAGGAAUUUCAAUGAUAUUCAGGGGGUGAAUAUCAUAGAUAAAAUACUACUGAUAAAGAAUAUUUUUGCAUUUUGAACAAAUCUGUAAACUACACCUUUUAUUUAUAGGAAAAUGCUUAUAAUAGUCACUGUAAUAUUCAGCUGUGGAUAAAAAUU